GCCAGCAUAACCGAAUUGGAACCAUCCUCUACACACCAUGCCGACGGCUCCGCCGCCUGGAGCUGCGCCGUCGACGACUGCAGCGGUACACGCUGCCCAGGACAAAGCCUCUCCAGAAACCUCUACGCCGAACGCCACACCUCUAGCUCCCACUGCCUCCAUCUUACCACCGACCACAAAUCCUAACAUCACUGCAACCAACAGCUCGUCCACGGAACAGUCUACCCGACAGACCACACACGCCGACACGACUCAUCCGCUAUCGUCAACAACGGCGCUGCCAUCGUCCACUCCCACCGAUUCUGCGGGGAUUGCUUUGACAACUGCACCACCCGCGACGAUUGUUCCGACGUCAACAACUUCACAAACGACAACUCCAGCUCCCCCAACUGCUGCAAGCACAGUUGACACUCGUGUCUCUCCAAUCACAACAGCACAAAGCCACGCUUCCCCGUCGAACGUAAAGAUCGCAUGCAUGUCGGACACAUACGUUUGUCGGAGCGGCCUUCUCGUGUCUCGAGAUCCAUUGAACGACUGCAAGUUCUACCCGUGUCGCGAUGCUGACAACCUGCCCGAGACAUCUUCUCCCUCGUCCGACGCUCCGACCGAACUUGCAAGCAUCGAGACUGCAUCAACUUCGACGGUCGUGGCGAACUCGUCUCAUUCCCAAACGCCCGAGAAUCUGAAUUGGACCGUCGCCGAUUCUUCCAUUCCAUGGGAAAUCUCGGAUGCAGCUCUUCGCUCCUUCCACAUGUACAAUGACUCGUCCGUGUGUGACUCUCUCGCUGUCGGAAUUGCCGCCGCGGAACGCGCGGACCUCCCAUCGCAACUAGCCCUGUUCCAUGUCGUCAUGGAGGUCAACUGCACGUUGCGAGGUGUGAAUCAGACGUCUGGCACUUUUGUCCUGGACAUUUCGACUCAUGAUGGCAAAGCCGAGUUGACACGGUGCGGCCUGUGGGCCAACGGCACAAUGGCGAACUGGCUGACCAAGCGCAACCACACGACGACGUGCCAGACGCCGCAGGGCCGCCGCGAGUACAUCCAGCAACCUCUCGAGCACACGAUGCAUCUCCCAAAGGAAGGAGUUAGCACCGCUUCGACAAGUAUGUUUGGGGACCUAGCUGCCCUCAUGGGAAAGCCGACCGUGCUGUACCUGUUCAUUGCGUCUGUCGCGGGCAUUGUCCUGUUGGCGUUUGGGUUUGCAGUUGUGAUCGGUCGGCGACGGCUGGAAGCGAUGAAGCGAAGGCAGAUGGAGCGAAGCAUCCUCGAGGAGGUUGCCACGGGUCGCAUUGAAGAGCGCGCGCGGGAAGCGGAGGAGCGCCGCCGCCGGCUCGAGGAGCAGUCGGAAGAUGAGAAGACUCCCACCGAGAACGACGCAUUGGAUUACAUUGGCAAGCGCAAGAAAGAUGUCGAACCGCGACGAGAUGGUCAAGCCAUCUUCACGAUAGAGUAAGCCAGCGAUGAUUAUGAUCUCGUCAUAAUUGUCCGCACACCCACCUCUCAGCAUGACGAUCACGUGUC